AUGUCAGACGAGGCGAUUAAAAAACUUAAGCGACAAAGAGGUUCAGUAAAGGCCAAACUCACAAUAUUUUCAAAAUAUAUCAAUGAAUUAUGCGUAAAUAUAAACACAGAAAACGUAAUAAAUGCGGAUGAUUUUCAUCAAUUAGAAACUCGACUUACAUUAUGCGGAAAACUAAUAGACGAAUUUAGUGAAAUUCAAGCGGAAAUAGAAGAAGUAGUAUCAGACGCGGAUUUAGAAGCAGAAUAUAAAGAACGCGAAGCAUUUUCGAAUGAAUAUUUUCACGAAAUUAAUACCGAAAGCGUAGCGGCCAGAGACAGUGUCUUUCACACAAAUGUAAAACUUCCCCCCAUACAAGUGCCUAAGUUCAGUGGCGACUAUGAGACGUGGUUAGAGUUUCGUGAAACCUUUGAAUCAUUAAUUCACACAAAUGAAUCGCUUACUGGCAUUCAGAAGUUUCACUACUUAAAGGUAUCCUUAGCGGGUAAUGCGGCUGAGGUGGUUUCAUCUCUGGAAUUUUCUGCGAACAAUUACGCUGUAGCUUGGGAUCUCUUGUGUGAUAGAUAUAAUAACUCGAGACUUCUGGUUCAAAAUCAUAUAAAAGUGAUAUUUAACAUUCAAGCGUUUUCAAAGGAAUCAUCUAAAACAUUACGUAAUAUAAUAGACACAUUAUCAAAACAUCUUAAAGCUCUCAAACAGUUAAACCAACCUGCUGAGCAUUGGGAUACUCUUAUCAUAUACAUAGUAACAUCCAAAUUAGACACCGGAACGAUUAGGGAUUGGGAAGAAUAUAUUUCAAAGUUAGAUGUCCCAAAACUUAGUGAUCUAAAAUCUUUUCUAAAAUCAAAGGCUGACCUACUUGAAACAAUUGAGUUAAAAGGUAGCGAUACGCGUUAUAAAUCAAACAAAAUAAAUUCAUCAAAGGUGCUCUUAAAUAACGAUACGGAUGAAAACAUCAAUAGUCAAGUUUUAGUUUCUAAUACACAUGCUAACGCGCAUGAUAGUAACGACAAUAAAAUAAUUUGUGUCUUUUGCAAACGUGAAAAUCAUUUUAUUAGAAAUUGUGCUGAUUUCUUAAAACUAUCUCCGACAGAUAGGGUAGAACAAGUAAAAAGGCUUAGAUUGUGUUUAAAUUGCCUACGGUUCGGUCACAAAAACACAGAAUGCAGAUUGUCCAACUGUAGAAAGUGUAAUGGUCGGCACAACACACUUAUUCAUAUAUCUAUCCGAAAUAACACACAAAAUAAUACUGGCACCUCAACUACCUUGUCGAGUUAUAACUUAGGUAGUGUGCUAUUAUCGACCGCUUUGAUUCAAGUUGAAGAUCAAAAUAACAAAACAUAUAUAGUACGGGCCAUUUUAGAUUCCGGUUCGCAAUCAAACUUUAUCAGCAUGGACCUUUGCAAGCGAUUAAAGUUGAAAACGUCAGAAACCGUCAUGUCAGUAGCAGGUAUUAAUAACGCGAUCUCUGAAGUCAAUAAAAAAUGCGAGUUAAAAAUUAAUUCUCAACAUAGUCCAUUCAACGCGAUUAUUACUUGUUUUGUGAUAAAACAUAUCUCUGGAUUGAUGCCAAGUACCCCAGUAGACAUUAAAUCACUAAAAUUACCAGAUAAUAUACUAUUAGCUGAUGCGUCAUUCGAUAAGCCAGGUCCUGUUGACAUCUUGAUCGGGGCUAGUUUAUUCUGGGAACUCUUGCAAAUUGGGCCGUUCAAGUUAGGAUCCAAUCUCCCUGUCUUACAAAAAACCGUAUUUGGGUGGAUUGUAUCUGGUACUAUCGGUCUUCAAAAUCAAAAUAACAAAAUUUAUUGCAAUCUUGCCAAGAACAUUGAUGUACAAACACAGCUCACUAAAUUUUGGGAGUUAGAAGAAUUUGGGGUACAAAAGCAUUGGUCUAGAGAAGAAGAAUUAUGUGAACAACACUUUAAAGCAACUACUACGCGUGAUCCUACCGGUCGUUUUAUUGUUUCUAUUCCUCUUAAAGAUUCUUUAGAGAAGUUAGGAGAAUCUAAAACACAAGCAGAAAAACGUUUUUUAGCAUUAGAAAGAAAGAUGGCACGUAAUCCCGAUUUCAAAAAUGAAUACGUAAAAUUUAUGCGCGAAUACGAGGCAUUGGGUCAUAUGCGAAAAAUCUCCGGAGUAAACGAACCUCUCAUUAGUUACUUCAUGCCUCAUCAUGGGGUAUUUAAACAAGAUAGCUUAACGACAAGACUUAGAGUCGUAUUUGACUGUAGUGCACCUACGACUACAGGAGUUUCUAUGAACAAUUUACAAAUGGUGGGGCCUACGAUACAGAGCGACCUGCUUUCAAUAUUAUUGCGAUUUCGCACAUACACCUUUGUAAUAGCAGCCGAUAUAGCAAAGAUGUAUCGCCAGAUUCUUGUGAAACCUGAUCAACGCUCAUUACAAAGAAUAAUUUGGAGGGAAAACUCUUCUGAUCCAUUAAAUACAUACGAACUUUUAACAGUGACAUACGGUACUAGCAGCGCAGCCUUUCUUGCAGUGCGUUGUCUAGCUCAAUUAGCCAUUGAAUGCGAAAAUGAUUAUCCACUUUGUUCAGAUAUAAUAAAGAAUGACUUCUAUGUAGACGAUGCGCUUUUCGGGGCGGAUUCUGUAGAACAAUUAUCCGAAAUUAGUAUACAAAUAUCAAAAAUAUUACGUUCAGGGGGAUUUGACCUUAGAAAGUGGCAUUCAAAUUCCCAAGAAGUGGUUCAAAACGUUACGUCAGAUACGAAGUCGAAUAUUAGUGUCAUUAAAAUAGGUACCGACGAAACGACAAAAACUUUGGGACUUGCAUGGUCUAACGCGAACGAUGUACUUACAUACGAUAUAGGUCUAAUUUCCAAAACGGGUAGAGUUACUAAGCGAGUAAUCUUGUCCUGCAUCGGUCAAAUAUUCGACCCGCUUGGUCUUUUAAGUCCAUGUGUAAUAACAGUUAAAAUCUUAUUACAAAAACUUUGGUUGGAAAAAUUAGCUUGGGAUGAAGCCGUGUCGUGCUCAAUACAUUCCACGUGGCUUAAAUUCAGAGACGAAAUUAAUAGUUUGAAUGACAUAAGGAUUAUUCGACACGCAAUAUGUAACAAUCCAAAAUUCAUAGAAAUGCAUUGUUUCUCCGAUGCAAGUCAGGACGCCUACGGUUCAUGCAUUUACGUACGCUCUAGGGACCAAGAUGGGAACAUCCAAGUACAUUUAUUUUGUGCAAAAACGAAGGUAGCCCCACUCAAGGUUAUCACCAUUCCCAGGCUGGAACUGUGCGGUGCACUACUCUCCGCACGAUUAGCAAAAAAGAUUAUGUCCUCCCUCAAGAGAACCGUGGACAACAUAAUAUUUUGGACAGAUUCGUCCAUAGUUUUGGGAUGGCUAAAGACAUCACCAAGUCACUUAAAAACAUUUGUAGCUAAUCGAAUAUCGGAAAUACAGGAGACAACUGGAAAUUGGACUUGGCGACAUGUUUCUACCAAGCACAACCCAGCCGACAUUUUGUCUCGGGGAGUUUCCCCAAGUGAAUUACUUGAUCAUUCAUUAUGGUGGCACGGGCCCGAAUGGCUUGCACAACACGAACAUCGAUGGCCAAUUUCAAAUAUAGAUUUAGUCGACUUGCCAGAAUUAAAAUCUCAAGCCUUAAAGACAUACAAACUAACACUCCUAAUCGAUGCAAAUCGAUUUUCUUCACUCAUUCGCUUAAAACGCUCAUGUGCAUAUGUUUUUAGGUUUAUACAGAAUUGUAAAAGGGUAGAUAGAAUGACCGGAAUGUUGACAGUAGUCGAACUUCACAAUUCUUAUUCCUUCUUAUUGAAAUUAUCGCAACUAGAGACAUUUUCUGACGAGAUUAAUCUACUCUCCGAGGGCCAUAAUAUUAAUCACAACAGCAAACUUUUCAAUUUAAAUCCCUUUAUUGAUGCGAAUGGUUUACUUAGAGUGGGUGGUCGCUUAGAGAACUCAGCCUUUCAUCAAGACAAGAAGCAUCCUAUCAUUAUAUCUGCUAAAACUCAAUUAUGCAAGUUAAUUUUCAAACAUGAGCAUGUCAAAAUGCUGCAUGCCGGGCCACAACAUUUACUUAGUAAUAUACGAGAGCAUCUUUGGCCAAUAGGAGGUAGGAAUUUAGCAAAGCAUACAGUGCGAUCAUGCGUUACAUGUUUUAGGUUUAAACCCACGUAUAUUACUCCUCUGAUGGGAAAUUUACCGCAGAAACGUUUAGAGAUGAACUACCCAUUUCAGGUGUGCGGAGUAGAUUACGCGGGCCCAUUUUCGAUAAAGGAUCGAAAGGGGAGAGGCGCUAAAACGUCUAAAUGCUACUUAGCUUUAUUUGUGUGUUUUUCAACAAAGGCGGUUCAUCUCGAAUUGGUUUCCGACUUAACUACUAAUUCCUUUAUUUGCUCAUUAAAACGCUUUAUCAGUCGCAGAGGGAAACCAGUUCGGAUAUACUCCGACAACGGUACUAAUUUGGUGGGCGCAUAUGCUGAACUUAGGCAAUUGCAAGACUUUUUUAAUAACAACAAAACUGCUAUUUCUGAUAAUUGCUCUAACGACGGUAUAGAAUGGCGUUUUAUUCCCGUUAAUUCACCUCAUUUCGGCGGUCUUUGGGAGGCCGGUGUAAAAUCUAGCAAAUCCCAUCUUAAGCGCGUGAUAGGAAAUACAAUUCUUACAUUUGAAGAGCUAUGCACUGUGUUUGCGCAAAUCGAGGCUGUACUAAAUUCCCGACCUAUUUCUCCCCUAACAUGUGACCCUAACGACCUAAAUCCUUUGACACCCGCCCAUUUUUUAAUUGGCCGCACUCUACUAUCUCCACCUGAAGCGGACCUGAUGGCUGUACCAGUUGGAAGACUCAACAGAUACCAACUCCUUGAACAAAUGAGACAGAAUUUCUGGAGCCGUUGGUCAAAAGAGUACGUGUCAGAAUUGCAACAAAGAAUGAAGUGGAGAGAAACUUGUUCCGAAGCUUCCAUUGGGUCAAUUGUACUGAUCAAAGAAGAUAACCAACCGCCUCUUCGUUGGAAAAUGGGGAGAAUCACUGCUCUUCAUCCCGGAAAGGACGGCAUAUCCAGAGUAGUCACCAUACAAACAGCCAACGGUACCAUCAAGCGAGCUUGUCGUAAAAUAUGCCCGCUUCCAUUGUUGUCUGAAGAAACCUGUUGA